AUGCCCACCGAGCAAUACAUUUGUGGCGGAACACUGAUUACUUCCCAGGCCGUUUUGACAUCCGCGCACUGCGCUGCGCGACCCGGACUAAAUGCGCCACGGCCUUUGGACGACUUGGUGGUCAAAUUCGGCAAAUACACGCUGGAUGAAGACUCUCAGCAUGUGCAGCAUCACUCGAUCGACCGCAUUAUCCUGCAUGAUGAGUUUAAAAUGGAAGAAUUCCGGAACGAUGUCGCGCUUCUAAUUACAACGCAGAAGGUCACAUUCGGAGCCUACGUACAACCCGCCUGCCUGCCAGCAAGCCCUUCCCUGCGUGCUUCGCUUAUCGGUACCGUCGUCGGCUGGGGCUACACGGAAGGGAAGAAAGUAGCCAAUGUACUGCGUGCAGCUUCCGCCCCAAUUGUCAGCCAUCGUGUCUGUCUGGAGAGCAAUCUUGAAGCCUUUGGGCGCUCGGUUGAUGAGACGCUGUUUUGUGCGGGCUGGCGAAACGGUACCAACCCUUGCAAUGGUGACAGUGGCGGUGGACUGUUCAUUCGCAGUGCCGAAUCGGGCAGCUGGACGCUCCUGGGAGUGGUAGCUUUCGCAGCGAGUGAUCGACACGAUGAAAAUUUCUGUAGCACCUCAGACUACACCGUUUAUGUGGAUGUUUUUAAAUAUGUAGGAUGGAUUCGCUCGAAACUAAUGGCUGACGGUAGGUGA